UUUUCUGGCCAUCUUUUUUCUUUAAUGUCUCUCUCUGUCUGAGUCUAGACAUGGAAGUGAAACAAGGACAGAAUAGAAGUGUAAGAAGAAAACAAGAAUCAAAAUAAAACAAACUUUCAUUUCUGUCUAUAUUUCUUCAUUUUUGAAAACUCGUUCUUAUGCCAUCUCUCUAGUUUCUUCCCGCCCAAUACUGUCAAACUACCAUGAAAGGAGAACUUUCUCUUCUCUUCUCGUUUCUUCUUCUUCUUCUUCCUUUCUCUUUCUCCUCUUCAUCUCCAAACGACACGCAUUCCCUCACUCUCUUCCGCCUCCAAACUGACGCUCACGGCACUCUUCUUACCAACUGGACUGGCACGUCCGCCUGUUCUCCAGGUGGCGCCACCUGGGCAGGUGUCAAAUGCUCUGCUUCAGGCCGUGUUGUUUCACUUGCUCUUCCCUCUCAUUCGCUUCGUGGACCCAUUACUUCACUUUCUCUUCUUGAUCAACUUCGUGUUCUCGAUCUUCAUGAUAACCGUUUAAACGGCUCUAUUUUGUCUCUUACUAAUUGUACUAAUCUUAAGCUUCUUUACCUUGCUGGUAAUGACUUCUCUGGUGAGAUACCACCAGAGAUCUCAUUGCUCAAAAGGUUACUGCGUUUGGAUUUGUCAGAUAACAACAUUCGCGGCGUAAUUCCUGAUGGUUUGAGUAACUUGACCAGGUUGUUAACUCUCAGGUUACAAAACAAUGAACUCUCUGGUCAAAUCCCCGACCUUUCCAAGUCACUUCCCUUACUAAGAGAACUGAACCUUUCAAAUAAUGAACUGUAUGGACGGUUACCAGAUAAUAUCUUGAAGAAAUUCGGUGACAGGAUCUUUUCCGGGAAUGAAGGAAUAUGCGGGUCGAGCCCGUUGCCUGCAUGUUCUUUUACAGGAAAUAUACCGGCUGAUAUGUCGUCUCAGACGGUCCCGUCUAACCCAAGCUCAAUGCCGCAAACACCGCUGGUGUUUAAAGAAAAAUCUCAGUCACAUAAAGGGUUAAGCCCUGGAGCUAUAGUGGCAAUUGUAGUAGCCAAUUGUGUUGCGCUUUUGGUUGUGACUUCAUUUAUAGUUGCAUACUAUUGUGGGAGAGAUAGAAAUGCCAGUUCUAAAGUGGGUAGUGAGAGUGGAAAGGCAAGGAGGAGCGGAAGUAGCUAUGGAAGUGAAAAAAGAGUGUACGCAAAUGGGGGCAAUGAUAGUGAUGGCACAAAUGCUACUGAUAGAAGUAGGCUCGUUUUCUUUGAUACGAGGCAGCAGUUUGAGCUUGAAGAUUUGCUGCGCGCAUCGGCAGAGAUGCUUGGGAAAGGAAGUCUAGGGACUGUUUAUAAGGCAGUGCUCGAUGAUGGAUGUACAGUUGCGGUUAAGAGGUUAAAGGAUGCUAAUCCUUGUGCUAGGAAGGAGUUUGAGCAGUAUAUGGACGUUAUUGGGAAGCUUAAGCAUCAAAACAUUGUCAGAUUCAGAGCUUAUUAUUAUGCUAAGGAAGAAAAGCUUCUUGUUUAUGAUUAUCUUCCUAAUGGAAGUCUACAUUCACUUCUUCAUGGGAAUAGGGGUCCAGGAAGGAUUCCUCUGGAUUGGACUACAAGGAUCAGUUUGGUGUUAGGAGCUGCUCGAGGAUUAGCUAAGAUUCACGAAGAAUACAGUACAUCAAGAAUUCCUCAUGGAAAUCUAAAAUCUUCUAAUGUGCUUCUUGACAAGAAUGGUGUUGCUUGCAUUUCUGAUUUUGGGUUGUCCCUCCUUUUGAAUCCGGUUCAUGCCAUAGCAAGAAUGGGAGGAUAUAGAGCACCUGAGCAGGCAGAAAUCAAGAGACUCACACAAAAGGCUGAUGUGUACAGUUUCGGAGUCUUGCUGUUGGAAGUUCUUACUGGAAGAGCACCUUCACAGUACCCUUCACCAACACGUCCUCGGAUUGAAGAGGACGAACAGGCAGUGGAUCUUCCUAAAUGGGUGAGAUCAGUUGUCAAGGAAGAAUGGACAGCAGAAGUGUUUGAUCAAGAACUUUUGAGGUACAAGAACAUUGAAGAGGAACUUGUGUCAAUGCUUCAUGUCGGGUUGGCUUGUGUGGUUCCACAACCUGAAAAGAGGCCUACAAUGUUAGAAGUUGUGAAGAUGAUUGAGGACAUUAGGGUGGAACAGUCCCCUCUUGGAGAAGAUUAUGAUGAAUCUCGCACUUCCCUUUCGCCUUCACUUGCCACCACCGAAGACGGACUGGGGGGAUAUUGAACUUCCAUUGUUUAUAACUUGCCAAUCUUCAUCUGAUUGUUCCAUCCUGUUCUUCAUUUGCUUUGCAGUAUCCCCUUGCUACCUCUCUUCCAAGACUCUUUGGUUGUAUUGCCUUUCUGUUGUAAGAUUUUGUAAAACUGUAAUGCCUCGAAUCUCUCAUUGUUGCACGCGUGAAGAUCUGCUGAUGUCUUACACCAGUCAACAAGAUAGCUCUUUUUAGUCUUUCUGUUUUAUGUAUUGUAGCUGGCAUUUGAGUUAGUUAUUAAGUUGGUUGAAAGAAGAUGUGUUCUUAA